CGUUACUGCCUUCGAUCCCCUAGCGCGGCGUCUCCGGUCCGACGCCGCCCGAACCCGCCAUGACCUCCAGAUUGGACCGGCUCCUCCUCCUCCUCGACACCGGCUCAACCAGUUCCGUCAGAACAACAGCGGCCAAACAGUUGGCUCAAUUAGCUGCCAAGAGCGUCAUCGGCGAUGUCUCUAUCGUCGAAGACGAUGUCAAGACUACCCGCCAGCAUGCAUACCUCGCCGACCAGUCCGCCUGGUCGGAGCUCAUGGCGGUGGUAGCGCGGAUACUACCAUGCCUCCACUCAAGAUCGUACGAAACCCGUUCAGCCGCCUCAACAGCGCUUUCCCAGAUAUUUUCCCUAGUUCCACUCUGGCAGCCGGGGCCAGACGCGGACACCGUGCGCGAUGUUUCCGUACAUCCACCACCCGAAUUUCCAUCCUUCUCCGUGCGCGAGCUCAUGGAGAAGGGUACUCUACUACUAGCAUCGUCCGGCAAAGAAUUUGUGAAACCCACCGGUAUCCUUGCCAGCUCGUCCGAAGUCAAGAAGGCCAGAAAGGAGGCUAUGGGUCGCCUCGGCUUAGACUUCCUGGACGGCUUUGGUGACGAUGACGACAUGGAUAUCGAGAAGGAGCUGGCUGCCGACGAGGGCGAUCCAGACGUUGACAUGGAGCCAGCCCCGAAGACCGAGGAAGAGUCUACGUGCAUCUCGCCUGUCGACGUAUCAUCAAGUGCAAAGGUCAAGAAAGAGCCGUCGCCUCCAGCCCGCUCUGGAACCAGCACUCCCGUCAUCCCAGCUCCUGUCACUCAGGACGUGACGAUGGCAGACGACUCUGCGUUGUCUGCGCGUGAGCGAAAUCGAUUGAGGCGCAAGCGCAAGCCUGGAAAUAACGCCUUCGUCGCAGCCCCUGCUCCGCCGGCGCAAGGUGCCGGUGCGAAAUACAGCGCAGCACCCGCCGGCCAGUCCAAGGCUCGUCUCAUUGCUGCGGACGAUCAGUCGGCCGCCGCAAGCAAGGCCGGUGGUGAUAAUUCACUGCGGGAUACUGCCUCCCAGGAGAAAGUGGUCAUUGACCCUUCAAAGGGCGGGGCUGUGUCACCCAAAGCGCAAAAGCAGUCGAAAGCGCUGGAGGUUCCACAGGGUCGUUGGGUGUGGGACGGUCUCGCCAAGAUACUGGAGGUUGACCUCUUCAGCCCUGCAUGGGAAGUGAGACACGGAGCCGCGAUGGCACUGAGGGAGCUACUGAAGCUGCAGGGCAAAUACGGUGGCAUGCAGGUUGGAGUUAGCUGGGACGACAACCUGCUCGCGCACGAGAAGUGGUGCAAUGACCUUGCCGUGAAGUUCCUCUGCAUAUUUGUGCUUGACCGAUUCGGCGACUUCGUCUCGGACCAGGUCGUCGCACCCGUACGAGAGACGGUCUCACAGACUCUUGCGUCCCUUCUCCUUCACAUGCCUCGAAGAUCCGUCCUACACGUCCAUUCUAUUCUGCUUCAGAUGAUCCGUCAGGAUUUUCCAGUCCCUGUGAAGCCCAUGCUUGCGAAGACCCGAGGGCCCGACAGAAACGCCGACAAGAGUCAUGUAUGGGAGGUUCGACACGCCGGCCUGCUGGGCAUCAAGUACGAGGUCGCCGUCAGAAGCGACCUUGUGAGCGCUGUGAAAGCCGAAGACGGUCAAGAUGAUGGCCAGGAUGGCAGAGAUGUCUUGAAAGGCGUGGUCGAUGCCGCCGUCCUAGGCUUGGGCGACCGCGAUGAUGACGUCCGUUCAGUUGCAGCGUCCUGCCUGCUCCCCGUCGCCGCUCAUCUCGUGGACCGUUUGCCCGAAGAAUUACCGCGAGUACUCGCGGUGCUUUGGAGUUGUCUCAGCGAUAUGAAAGAUGAUUUGAGUUCCAGCGUCGGUGCAGUGAUGGACCUGCUUGGCAAGCUGGUCACGUAUGACGAAGUCAUUCAGAUCAUAGCCGACCAGACGCGAUCGCACCCGAUCACGGUGCUUGCACCGACAUUGUUCCCGUUCUUCCGCCACACCAUCGCCAAUGUUCGACUCGCCGUAGUCAACACGCUCCAGACCUUCAUGACAGUCACGUCUCUUCCGAAGGACUGGAUGAUUCUCCCGUACCUCCGUCUUCUCUAUCAGAACCUCAUUGUCGAGGAGCGCAGCGACAUCCGCGAUACCACUCUAGCCACCUGGCGGCUCGUUCUCUCCAUCCUGAGCUCGGUGGAUGGCUGGCUAGAGUCUCUGGUUACACAGCAGGUCUUACUAGAAUGGUAUGCUGUCCUGAUGACCCCUCUCGGGCUGCCGCUUGACGCGUCGGCUUUCUAUGACGCAACCGCCGCGAUGGAACAGGACGGCGUGUCCGAGCGGCAUAACGUCGAUAAGAAUAUGCUUGCGCAGGACCUGGCGCUUGUUUCUGUCGAAACCGUGCUGAAGGCCCGAGUUGCAGCAGCAUCGGCAUUGGCGCAUAUCAUUGCGUCCUGGCCAAGCAAUCAGACCCAAGGCCUUUCGCUUGACGAUACCUUCCGCCCCAUCUUGCUUCACUAUCUGGAGUCGACAAGUAUGCUUCAGAAGUUCCUGGCUGCCAUUAUCUCCGAAGAGUGGGCCAAGGAGCAUGAUGCUAAGCAGGGCCCUUCAGCUCCCUUGCUCAUCGAUAAGUCGACCCUGGCUACUGAGAUCAGCGACAAGACGCUCUCCUGGCUACAAGCGGAGCCUCCUGCGGCAUAUCACGAGAUGGCCUUCACUCUGGCUCGUAUCCAUGGGGAAUGUUACAAUCUCUUGCAAUCGUUCGCGUAUGACUGCAAGUUGCCCCAAUCGUCGAUACCAACAUUGGGCACGGAGGUCGAUAUCACCGGAACGAAGCCAGGCUGCUUCACCGUACAGACGGCGCAGGAGGCGGUAGGGGAGAUGUUCGACAAGCUUAAGGCCAGUCUUGGUCGGACGAAGAAGCGGGAGCUCGCUAUCAUCAAAGAGAAGCGCGUAAAGGUCGUCGCGAGCGUUGAACGGUACGUGGAAGUCAAGGCGCAGUACGACGUCCGCGUGUCGGCUGCGUUUUCGGCGGCCUUCGUUGCCUUCAAGGGUACGCCGGACAAGGUUAGCCCCAUCGUCAAAGGGAUCAUGAACAGCAUCAAGACCGAGGACAACGUCGAUCUGCAGAUCCGUUCAGCAGUUGCAGUCGCCGCCUUCGUCGACUUCUGUGUGCAGCGCGACUUGGCCCAGCCUCCGGACAAGAUUGUGAAGAACCUCUGUACCUUCCUUUGCCAGGACACCGACCAGACUCCGACAUUUGCUUAUGCUAGGAAGACGCUUGCGGGCAUUCUGUCAUUUCCCAAAUCGGCUUCGCACAGCACUGCCAAAGAAGAGAAGAGCGCGCCUACCCCUGAGGAGGCUGCGAGGGCACAUUUGUCGCGCAGAGGCGCGCAACUUGCCUUCGUGGAGCUGUCCAAAAAUUUUGGAGCUCGACUGCUGGAUGCUGUACCGAAGAUGUGGCAGUCUAUGGCCGGAGGCCUCGUCAGUGCCUGUUCGACCGACGACGUCGAGAAGAUGGACAAGUUGCUCGAAAAGCAGUCUGGGCAGGACGUCAUCGACUCGUUCAGCGUCUUGGAGGCCAUCGUACCGACGUUCCACGAGUCGUUAUGGCCCAAGUUCACCGACAUCUUCCCCAUGAUUAUCCUCGCUCUUCGCAGUCGCUUUGCUAUCAUCAGACAGGCAGCUGCUAAGUGCUUCGCCACGAUGUGCGAUACGAUGACAAUCGACGCUAUGCGGGCCGUCAUUGAGACGGUCAUACCCUUCCUCGGCGACGCAGUCAACCUCUCGAACAGGCAGGGUGCCACUGAGCUAAUUUAUCACAUCGUACAAAGGCUGGACAUGAAGGCAUUGCCGUACGUCAUCUUCAUGGUCGUUCCUGUCCUAGGUCGGAUGAGCGAUCCGGACGACGACAUCCGCGCGACGGCGACCAAUACGUUUGCGUCACUAGUGAAGAUGGUUCCAUUAGAGACCGGUCUGCCAGAUCCCCCAGGUUUCUCUCAGGAGCUGCUCCAGCGUCGUGACGAAGAGCGCCAAUUCCUCAUGCAGUUGUUGGACGGCAGCAAAGUACAGCAGUAUAAUAUCCCGGUCAAGAUCAAGGCUGAGCUUCGCAAGUACCAACAGGAGGGCGUCAACUGGCUCGCCUUCCUUGCGAAGUAUCAGUUACACGGUAUCCUUUGCGACGACAUGGGUCUCGGCAAGACGUUGCAGUCCAUCUGCAUCCUGGCAAGCAAGCAUCAUGAGCGUGCUAAGAAGCAUGAGGAGACGAAGUCGCCCGACUCAGUCCACCUUCCGUCUCUCAUCGUCUGCCCGCCGACGCUCACGGGGCACUGGUACUACGAAAUCCUGAAGUACACCGACAAUCUCAAACCCGUCAUGUACACCGGUAACUCGAGAGAGCGGAGCAAGCUUCUGUUGAGGCUCAAAAAGUAUGACGUCAUCAUCACGUCGUACGAAGUCGUGCGCAACGACAUCACUAGCCUCGAGGAUAUCAACUGGCACUACUGUAUUCUAGAUGAAGGCCACAUCAUCAAGAAUGCGAAGACGAAGCUCACCAAGGCUGUGAAGUGCAUCCGUGCGCAUCAUCGUCUCAUCUUGUCCGGGACGCCUAUCCAGAACAACGUCUUGGAGCUCUGGAGCUUGUUCGACUUCUUGAUGCCUGGGUUCCUGGGCAGCGAGACGUCCUUCAACGAGCGCUUCAGCAAGCCUAUCUUGUCGAACAGAGAUGGCAAGUCGAAGAACGGUGAAGCAGCUGCGCUUGCGCUCGAGGCGUUACAUAAGCAAGUCCUGCCAUUCCUUCUGCGUCGGUUGAAGGAAGACGUCUUGAACGACCUCCCGCCGAAGAUCAUACAGGACUACUAUUGCGAGUUGUCAGGCUUGCAGAAGUAUCUCUACGACGACUUCUCGAGGUCACGGGCUGGCGCAACAGCGGAGGACGUCGUGCGUUCCGACAAGGGACAGAGCGGGGGUCAACAGCACGUCUUCCAGUCGCUGCAAUACCUGCGCAAGCUGUGUAAUCACCCUGCACUCGUGCUGAAGGACAAGCAGGCCAUCCUCGAUGCGUUGGCGAAUGCUGGGCAUAAAGCUGACAAGCCCAAGUUGAGCGACAUCCAACACGCGCCAAAGCUUCUCGCCCUGAAACAACUCCUCGUUGAUUGCGGGAUCGGCGUGGGGUCUGGCGUAUCUGGAGAGAUUGCCAAGUCCGAGCUUGCGGACGCCGAACCAACCUCGUCGGGAGCAUUCUCGCAGCACCGCGUCCUCAUUUUCUGCCAGAUGAAACAGAUGCUGGACAUCAUAGAGAAGGACCUCUUCAAGCCGCACAUGCCUGCCGUCACCUACAUGCGGCUGGACGGUAGCACCGACGCUAACAAGCGCCACGCGAUCGUCCAAACUUUCAACUCUGACCCAAGUAUCGACUGUCUCCUCCUCACGACCCAUGUUGGUGGCCUUGGACUGACGUUGACGGGUGCCGAUACGGUCAUCUUCGUGGAGCACGACUGGAAUCCGAUGAAGGAUCUCCAAGCCAUGGAUCGUGCCCACCGUAUAGGCCAGAAGAAAGUCGUCAACGUCUACCGGCUCAUCACUAAGGGUACUCUGGAAGAGAAGAUCAUGGGCCUGCAACGAUUCAAGCUCAACAUCGCCAACUCCAUUGUUACGCAGCAGAACUCUGGCCUAGCGUCCAUGGACACAGACCAUGUCCUGGACCUCUUCAGACGCACCACGGAGAAUGAAGAAUCGGCCGGGGCGAUGAAGAAAGAAAAGGAGCUGCAGGCAUUGCCCGGGCAGCGGAACGUCCUAAAGGGGUUGGAAGACCUGCCUCCGGAGGAGGAGUACGAAGGUCUAGACCUAUCGAGCUUCAUGGGCUCACUUGGACGGCAGUAAGUGGUAUUUUAUUUGUCAGUUCCUGGACCAUCCCGUACAGCACUAGACUCGAUAGAGGUGUAACUCGACUGUAUUUGUAGGAUACCAUUGCCCGUACGUACGUCUAUGACUGUAUAAUGUCUGUCUCACUACGCCAUGCUCCUAUGAAUGUAAUGCACUGUAGCUAGCUUGCAAAUAGGUAUAAUAUCCAUGCUC